AUGAGGACGAUAACUUCCUCCAGUGGCCAGGAGGAAGCAGUGAAUGUCAGAAGGACGGAGUCAGCCGACGCUCAGGGGAUCAACGGCCUCAUCAGCCCUGAAGCUGGAGCAGUGUUUGGACGAGUCAACGUGCUCCAUCUACUAGAGAAAGCCAAUCUGGCGGUGACUCUGGCCAAUGAGAGGGAGGAGAUCCUGGCUCACGCUUCCUUCUUCGAUCACCCUGUUGGAGACUUGGUGGAUCAGACUCGCUGGGAAGCGUUCCUGCAGAAACACUUCAGCGCUGAAACAUGCACAAUCUUCCCUCCACAGCCUUUGAACACACUCUUCCUCCACUUCUUCGUGGCAGAGACAGAUUUCGCCACAGCAAGUGCAAAAGAAAUAUUAAGAGCUGUCUUUAACGCCGUCACAGAGCUGGAAUACAUCCUGCUGCUCAGCUCGUACGCCGGUGUUUUAGAGGAGGCUCUGGAGGAGGUGUUUGAUCCUCUGCAGCGUCUGACUGACCUUCAGUGCUCAGCGUUCAUCUGCCACAGACAAGAGCACUGCCCGAAGCUUCUCAUCCGCCCCGCCAGGGUUGAAGAUCAUGAUGAUUUGAUGCGUAUCUUUGUGGAUCAAACCAAAGUCCUGUCUGUCAUGGAGCAGCCGUACUUCCUGGCAGAACUGAUCCAGGAACAGAACGAGGAGAACCACUGCGCCGUUUGUGAGAGUGGCGGACUUCCUGUCGGAUUCAUCAGUGUCACGUCUGAUGUAGAUUUUAAGCAGUUGCACGACAGCUUUGAUUUAAGUGAGCUGGACGGUUUGUACAAACUAGAUCCAAUAACAAAUGAUGACCCUGCUGCUCCGCCUGAAUCAAGAGAAGACGAAGAAAAACCCCAAACAAAUCCUCAGGAGGAGGCUGAAGCGGGGAAAUCCAGCGCCGUCUGUAUUCAGUUCUUCCUCAUUGACAAGAAUCACGAGAGCAGAUCAGUGGACUUCAUUCCUUAUAUAUUCACAGUUUUCCCCGACGUGGACUUCUGCAUCAUCCCCGUCCCGACUCUCUCCCCUGAGUUCCUGCUGCUGCAGAGCUUCAUCCGGCUGCCCCCCCGCUCCACCAACACCUCGCCCCCCCAAGAAAUCUACAUCUUCCAACGCUCCGGACUCAGGAGUGUGGAGGUGAGGCCUGCUGUAGCUGCAGACCGUCCUGCUGUCUCUGAGCUGGUGAAGACUCUGAGUCUCAGAGAGUCUCUUCUUCAGGACCUGGACCGUUUCUACGAGACCCGCAGAGACACGGAUGGCGUGCCGCUGCAGGCCUUCGUGUCCACGGUGCAGAGCGAGGUGGUCGGGAUCCUGAUCAUCAGAGACGAGCAGGACCUCCAGUACUUGUGUGCGCGCUACAACAUGGACAGCUUCAUCUACUUCAGCCACCACCGGCUGGAGGAGCACGCUCACAUCCUGCACUUCGUCCUGGCGCCCUCCUUCCAGCGCUGCUGCAGACACUUGUUCAAAGAGUCCCUCCGGCUGGGGCACAAGUCCUGCCUCUUCCACAGACUCUACCCCCCUCACAUCAGCCCCCAGAAUUCCUGCGUCCACCAUCUGGAUGUUCUGCUGGACUGUGCGGUUCCUGUGCGCCCGCGACGCCAGAUCGUCUUCCCGCUGGAGGAGCUUGGCAUCAACGCUCCUUCCCUUCAGAUCAGAGAGGAGCAGGCUCCGUUUGCCCUCAGCCUCAUCAGCAGGAAGUUGACCUUGGAGCCAAAGGUCACGGUUAACGCCCGGAUCGUUUUGGUGGGGGCGUCGGACACGGGGUUAUCUUUCCUGGAGGUGCUGUGUUUCUGCCCUCACCUCAGGUUCAACAGCCUGACCCUGGUCUCCACGCACGGCCUCCUCAGCGACUUCGACCACGAGGACAUCGGAUUUCUCUCCACAAGUCAUGCGUACAGCAGCAGAGAUCUGUCCCGGCUGCCUCUGCACUCCUGCGUCAGCGUGGUGAGCCGGAAGAUGGUGGCCAUCAACAGGAAGUCCAAACACGUCCUGGUGUCCGGUGGAGUGACGGUGCCCUACGACCACCUGGUCCUCUGCACCGGCCUGCAGUACCAGGCGCCUCGUCCUGCUGAAGUGAAUCAGCCCGACUCAAACCUCCAGCUGCCCUCCAACCUCUUCACCCUCAACGACCUCCACGACUGUAUGGCUGCCCGCCGCUGGCUGAGCGCCAACUUUGUGGAGCUGGAGGAUAACGCCAUCGUCUACGGAAACAGCAUCGACGUUUUCACCACCGUUGAGACUUUGCUCAGCCUCGGGAUUCUGGGAAAUCGUAUCCAUGUCGUCUUCACGCCUCCCGAGCCCGGCGUCUCCUGCUUCAGCGACCCGGAGGUGGAGAAAGCUGUGGUGACGGCCCUGAAGAAGGCCGAGGUUCAGGUCCACCAUCACUGCCUGCUGCUGGGCCUCAUGAACAACGGAGAAAACCCCGACCCCCUCACAUCUGUGACUUUCACUACAGACGCAGAGACCCUCAAUCUGCAGUGUGGGGUGUUCAUUAAUCUCUCCAAUAAAGCCGUGGACUCUGAGGCCUUCAGGAGCAUCACCGACUCCUUCCUGGUGUUCGACCGCAGACUCGUUAUAGACGCCACUUUCCACACCAACGAUUCCUCCAUUUCUGCAGCCGGACCUCUCACCAAAUUCUCCCGCAGCUACUACUCCGACGAGUGGUCGAACGCAAACUUCAACUCUAAGGAGGUGGGCCGGGAUCUGGCGGCCAUGUUGCUGCGUCUCUUCGAGCCCGCGAUGGAAACUCCGCCAGAAACAGAGCGUCUCGUUCCGCUGUACGGACAGGCCAAGAUUCAAGGUGGGAAGCUUCCCGGAGGAUUUCACUUCCUGCAGGUCACUACACCGUCUGCCACCAACCUGACCGCUCCUCCUGUUCAACAGGACAGCUGCUUAGUGACGGGGCGUGUGGAGACGGGGAACUACUUCUGUCUACACCUGGACAGCUACGAGCAGGUGGAGGCGCUCACCUGUCUCUCCCUGAAGCCCCUCCCCCUCUCCAACUACCUGAGUCUGUAUGGUAAACAGCAGCAGCUGCUGGGCCAGCUGAGCAGCCGCUACCAGCAGGGCCUGAUCCCAGACCUGCACAGUUUCUUCAGACAGAGCUGGUGUUUGGCCGUAUAUCACGACAGAUUCUCCGACUUCGAGCAGGAGCUUCAGCAGAUCGCCUCAAACACAGGCGAUGUUUCGGGGCAGACGGUGGAGGACGAUGUCUCUCCGGUCCUCCUUCGGGACAGAUCUCCGGCCGCUGAGGUGCGAGCGGCUGUGAGGAGCAGCGCGGUCAGAUAUCUGAGCUUCAACAGGAACCUGCUGCCCAUGUUCGCCGGCCCCGGACAGCGGUGACACACCACAUUAAAUACGUUUAAACGCAUUGUUUAAAAUCAUAUUGUCUUUGAAACGGGACCCUGAACACACUGAGUGAAUCCUGAAGCUCUUACAAACAUGCGCAAUACUUCCUUUCAUCAAAAAACUCCUGCAACGACAAUUCCUUACAGACAUUUUCAUUGUUUUAAUGUGUGUUAGCGUCUGGUUUUGGAAGGUAAGCCGUACUCUCCACACACCUGACACCUCGUUGUUGCAUGUUCCAAAUGCAAACAGCUGAAAACAUUUCUCCAUAAUCCAAUUAGUGGUUCAAACCUCACUCUAAAGCAUCUGCAGUUUGU